AUGCCGUACCUGGAGCUAGCCGGAUUUGGGUCAGUAGCAUUGAUCUGGUCCUCCGACUUGCGGUUUGAUUUACUAUCUGCGCUAGUGGAGCGGUGGCGUCCGAAGACCCAUACUUUCCAUUUUCCGUGCGAGGAGUGCACGGUGACCUUAGAGGAUGUUGCAGUGCAGCUUGGGCUCCCAAUUGACGGGAGUCCCGUAACGGGAGUAUCUUCAUUCACCGAUCCGGCUGCAGUUUGCUAUCAACUCCUAGGAGAGUCACCAGAGGAUGGUGAUAAAUAUUUUUCCGGCAUAAAAUUUACAUGGCUAAAAGCCAAAAUAUGUGGAUUAUCAGCGACCGCCAGUGAAGGUGAGCUGAUGUGCGUUGCUCGAGCGUACAUCAUGCAUAUGAUAGGGGCAGUACUCAUGCCUGAUGCAAACGACGACAGUGUGCAUUUGUCAUACUUGCCCCUGCUAGCUGAUUUCCCCACUGCUAGAUCAUACAGCUGGGGUUCUGCCAUUCUAGCGACGCUGUACCGGGAGCUUUGUCGGGCGACAGAGCCGCAAGUUAAAGACAUCGGCGGAUGCCUCAUACUGCUACAGUCAUGGGCGCUUUAUCGGAUGCCGUUUUUGGCACGCGUUACUCACCAACCCUAUCUGUAUCCACUGCCACUCAGGUGA